AUUAAUCUAGGUGCAUGUCCUUAUUUGAAAAAAAGAUCAUACCAUAGUACAGUAAAGUGAUGGCAUCACGUGGUAACAUCCUGGAAAUUUGAUACGGGAUAUAGACUAACACUGCACUAAAUCAUCACUAUAUUCAAAUAUGCUAUAGCAUUUAGACUACAUGGUGUAACUGCAUGUUUAAAGGUUACGUUAGCAUAUUUUAGAUGCUAUUCAGCCAUUUACUAUACAACACCGUUUUCCAAGUUCACCUUAGAGGAAAGGUUUGCUAAAAUUAAAACACCUGCAAUGCAGCGUAUGACCACUGUGCAGAAAACCUAUGACGUUGAAAUAAAUAAACUCCCACAACUAUUGGCGUGCCAAUACAACCAAUCAGCGCUCCGUACUUAAGAAGGCGGUCCUAGAUAUGGAUCACUGCCUCGUUUACCAAAUCUGAUUGGCCAGAAUCAACGUCAAUCUUUUACAGUCUCUGUGAUGAUAUGACAACGAUAACGGGGAGUUGCGCUCAAGGAAGUAGAGCAUGUUGUAGUGAGAGGAUGUUUAACAGCCUUCAACAAGCAUAUUUUACGCUUAUUUAGAGACAUAUCGUUGGAAACAGUACGUUUUGUUUAAUGUUAAUCUAAAUCCAACAUUUAUUUCGCUGCGCUAGCGACACUCAUCCACGCACGUUCAAGCCUAUGGUUCGAUCACGUUUGUUUAGGUUUGGUGUGACGUUAUUCAAUUAUAGAAGCUCGGUUCUCUCACUUUCUUUAAGAAGCGUUAGGUCUGUUGUGGGCAACAUCAUGCAGUCAAGUCAUAAAAUGACGUGCACGAGCGAUAGAGAUGGGGAUUUAGACAAACGCGUGACAGGUGACCCGGAUUCGGGUAACCUGGUGGACGUAACGUUACCGGGCGGAGGAGACUCGCUGAUGGUGAACGAUGAGAGUUACCCGAGGACGGCAAGUCCCCGAGCGAACGGGGACGAUGACUCGGAAGCGGAGUCGUAUCAGGACGGGCGUAACGUGGAUGUGGACCCGGAUACGAGGAGAAAGGCGUUUAUCUGGUGCCGUGACUUUCUGUCCGGCUCGUGGAAAACUAUAUCAGAGCAUGACUUUCGCAUCAAGAUAGUCAGUGGCGGUCUUAGUAACCUGCUGUACAUGUGCAGUUUACCCGACAAUGUUCGGCCUGCGGGUGUUGAACCUCAAAGAGUUCUGCUGCGGAUCUACGGGGCCAUUCUACAGGGAGUCGAUUCUCUUGUUUUGGAAAGCGUGAUGUUUGCCAUUUUAGCAGAAAGAGAGCUGGGUCCACGUCUCUACGGCAUUUUCCCAGAAGGGCGUUUAGAGCAGUACCUGCCUAGCAAUCGUUUGUGUACCGCACAGCUCGGGUACCCUGAGAUUUCGGCAGAAAUAGCCAGUAAGAUGGCACGUUUUCACACUAUGGAAAUGCCGUUCAAUAAGGAACCUAAAUGGCUGUUUGGAACCAUUGAUCGGUACAUGGAACAGGUGACGACAAUAAAAUUUGUGCGUGAAGCUCACGUCAAGAAAUUUAACAAGUUGAUGAAGUUUGAUCUUCCAGCACAACUGGAGAGUCUGAGGUCACUGCUGGCAUCAACUCCCUCACCAGUAGUAUUCUGCCAUAAUGAUGUACAGGAAGGGAAUAUCCUCAUGUUGGAUGGCAGGGAAAAUUCAACGGAUAAACUUAUGCUUAUAGACUUCGAAUACAGCAGCUAUAACUACAGGGGUUUUGAUUUUGGGAAUCAUUUUUGUGAAUGGAUUUAUGACUACACGUAUGACCAGUGGCCGUUCUACAAGGCAAAGGUGGAAAAUUAUCCCAACAGACAACAGCAAUUAUAUUUUAUCAGACACUAUCUGUCAGAAAGAGGAAACAUAGCACUUGAGGAUCAGUCCAGGAUAGAAGAGGAGAUGAUCAUUGAGGCAAACCGGUAUGCCCUUGCGUCCCAUUUCCUCUGGGGUUUGUGGUCCAUUAUACAAGCUAAGAUCUCCAAAAUCGAGUUUGGAUACAUGGAUUAUGCACAGCACAGGUUUGACACGUACUUCAAACAGAAGAAACUGAUUUCUUAAAAUCUUCCUCGCUUCUAAAGUGUGCACAUCACAUUCUGUAUUAAUCUCUAUAAUCUGCUAUUGUUUUAAAUGAAACUGUAAAGGAAAGGGCACAGAUUAAGGCUGUUAAACAGAGCGGUUAAUUCUGGUGAAAAAGUCCAAAGAGACACUGCCUUGACUUGCAAAAAUGGUUAAAAGUGAUUAAAAAAUCCUUCAGAAAAAGAACCUGUUAGAAACCUAAGACCCAGAUACAGUAAAAUGCACUGUUCAUAAAGGCAAACUAUAAUGUUUUAAGUUAAUUUAUUUGUUAACUUUACCAACCAUAUAACUGUUUACAUUUUAUCCAGCUUGUGUAUUAUCUAUGUUACCUUAUUUAUUAGUUAAUCCAUCCAUCAUUAAUACUGUGUAAGGGGUCCAAGUGGUCUUAAACAUUUUACUUGUCUAGUCAACUAAAACUCAAUUAAUGUUUCCUCUCCAAUGACUGAAAAUAUCAUCUUUCUUGUGUUUGGAUACUGUGAAUAUUGUCUAUUUUAAUUAAUUAAUUUUGUUUCAUUAAUGGCACAUAUUCUGACUAAAGUAUUCUGUUUAUGUAUGUUGAAUGGCUUUGUUUCUGUUAAAUAUUUCAACUCAAGCAAUUAACAUAUUCCUUAUCACAAAUUGGAAUUAACGGUUCUUAGCUAUGAUUUUCGUAGCUUUGAUGUUUUAUUUGAACCUAAAUGUGUUUCUUAGGUGUCGUUCUGACCAGUAAAGAAGGAAAUUACACUUCCAGAUAAAUACAGAUAAGAAUUGUAUUAUUGUAAAAACAAUUCUUUGUAAGUUGUGUAUUUAACAUGACCUCGUUGUUCUGGUUAUGCCUUGUUUCAAAACAGGAAAUAUUGAAAUUCUUGUGUUUGUAACUCAAAUGUCUAAUUUGCUUUGUUUGUUUUCAUAUUGUUGUUUGCUUAUUUAUCAUUUAUUAUUUUAUCCAAAGCAAGGAAUUUGUCAAUGAAACUUAGCAGAAGAUGAUGGGAAACUAUGAAUAUAGGAUAGUAACAUCAUAAAGAAGCUUGCAUUUUUUUUGGCUAAGGGUUGUUGAUGUUUUGUCAGAAUCGUAUCGGGAGCACUUGUUAAAUGAAUGUAUCUUUUUAAUUUUCUUGUCAUAGAAGCAUCUCUAAAUUCCAGGAUAUAGCACAUUGCAAAUGACCAGGAGAGCUUUGGACUUGAAACACAUGCUUCCUUGUGGAAUCUGUGAUUCUGAAUAUUAAUUUGAGAUGUAAUGGCACUGUUAGAACCAAUGCAGAUUUCCACAGUCAUUUAAGUUAUACUGUAAACUUGCCUCUCUGCUAUAAUUCAUCUGUUUGUUUCUUUGCAAUAAAUGCAUACAUUAAACCAUG